AUGGCCGGGGCCGGCUGGGCCCCGCCGCGCCUGGACGAGUUCAUCCUCACCGAGCGCCUUGGCGCCGGCACCUACGCCACCGUCUACAAGGCCUACAGGAAGAGGGACACGCGUGAGGUGGUGGCCAUCAAGUGCGUGAGCAAGAGGAGCCUCAACCGGGCAUCAGUGGAGAACCUGCUGACGGAGAUCGAGAUCCUGAAGACCAUCCGCCACCCGCACAUCGUGGAGCUCAAGGACUUCCAGUGGGACAGCAACCACAUCUACCUGAUCAUGGAGUUCUGUGCCGGGGGGGACCUCUCCCGCUUCAUCCGAAUGCGCAGGAUCCUCCCCGAGAAGGUGGCGCGCAUCUUCCUGCAGCAGCUCGCCUGUGCCCUGAAGUUCCUCCACGACCACAACAUCUCCCACCUGGACCUCAAGCCACAGAACAUCCUCCUGAGCGCUCCGGAGAACCCCCAGCUGAAGCUGGCAGAUUUCGGGUUUGCGCAGUACAUGUCACCAUGGGACGAGAAGCACGUUCUGCGGGGCUCCCCGCUCUACAUGGCCCCCGAGAUGGUGUGCCGCCAGCAGUAUGACGCCCGGGUGGACCUGUGGUCAGUGGGCGUCAUCCUUUACGAAGCACUUUUUGGGAGGCCGCCCUUUGCCUCCCGCUCCUUCGCCGAGCUGGAGGAGAAGAUCCGCAGCGACCGGGCUGUCGAGCUGCCCAGCCGGCCCCUGCUCUCCCCGGAAUGCCGGGAUCUCUUAGGACAGCUCUUGGAGAGGGACCCUUUGAAACGCAUCUCCUUCGAAUGCUUCUUUGCCCAUCCCUUUGUGGAUAUGGAGCACGUCCCCGGCCCCGAGAGCCUCUGCAAGGCGACCGACCUGGUGGUGGAGGCGGUGAAGAAGGAUCAGGAGGGGGAUGCCUCUGCCGCCCUCUCCCUUUACUGCAAAGCCCUGGAGUAUUUUGUGCCGGCUCUGCACUAUGAAAGCGAUGCUCGCCGGAAAGAAGCCAUUCGAGCCAAGGUGGGGCAGUACAUCUCCCGAGCAGAGGAGCUGAAGGCAUUGGUCACCUCCAGCAACAAGAACCUCUUGCAGCAAGGGAACCCGGCCAGAGAGCUCCUUAAAGAGAUGGCCAAGGACAAGCCUCGCCUCUGCGCGGCGCUGGAAAUGGCUUCUGCUGCCAUCGCUAAGGAGGAGGAAGGCAAAGAUGACAGUGACACCCUGGAGCUCUACCAGCAGAGCCUGGGGGAGCUGCUGCUCCUCCUGGCCGCGGAGCCCACGGGGAGGCGACGGGAGCUGCUCCACGCGGAGAUCCAGACCCUGAUGGCCCGGGCCGAGUACCUGAAAGACCAGAUGAAGAUGCGGGAGGCACAGUCCAUGGGCAAGGAGGCACUGGCAGAGCCCGUCCGGAGCAGUGAGUCCCUUUUUCUGUCCCCUCUUGUCCCAUCAGAGAGGGUUUGGUGAAAAGGGCCUGGGGAACGUCCCCCCUCGUGGCUGCGGUCCUUGUGGUGGGGAACAUCCCUACAGCUGCCACAGCCAUGGGGAUAUUCCUGCCUGGGGGUAAUCCCGACCCCGUACACCCUUCUUUCCCCCCAGCCUGGGCUUAUCCAUGCCCGGGAGCCCACCUGGGCUGGGUGACGAUGGUGUGUGCAGCCGAGUGAUUGCCCUCUGUGCCCCCCCCGGCACAGCCUGUACCUUGCAGUGAUGCCCAGGAGCUGGCCGGCGGGACGCUGCUCGCCGCCCUGGCGCUGCCAUGCCAAGAGAUGCCAUCGGCAGGGCGG